CGGGAUAUAGUAGACUUUCUCGAAACAUCAGUCAAGAAAAUUCUGAAGAGCUCUCGGAUAUGCUAAACUGCUAGACUGAGAUGGCAACGGUGAAUGGAAGAGUUUGUGUAACAGGUGCUGGAGGGUUCCUUGCUUCUUGGGUCGUCAAGCUUCUUCUCUCCAAGGACUACGCCGUCGGUGGCACGGUCCGACAACUAGGAGAUGAAAAAUAUGCCCAUCUCAAUAAACUUGAGAAAGCAUCUGAGAACCUCAAACUUUUGAAGGCAGACUUAUUGGAUUAUGAUUCUCUUUGUUCCGCAAUUGAAGGCUGCGAUGGUGUCUUCCAUGUUGCCUCUCCUGUGCCCUCCACCACUGUUCCAAAUCCUGAGGUGGAACUGAUAGAACCAGCUGUAAAGGGCACUCUCAAUGUGCUUAAAGCAUGUCUUGAUGCAAAAGUCAAGCGAGUUGUAGUUGUGUCCUCGGAAGCUGCUGUUUCAUUUAACCCUAGAUUGCCAGAGGGUCAAAUCAAGGAUGAGGCUUGUUGGUCUGAUAAGGAAUACUGCAGAACAACAAAGGUUAAUGUCUUUACUUUUUACUCUGAAUAUGUUUGUCCCAGAACUGGUAUUAUGUCUCAAAGACAAGCAGAGAGUGAGGCUUUGGAGUUUGCUAAAAGAACUGGCCUUGAUGUUGUAACUGUUUGUCCUACCACCAUUUGGGGGCCACUGCUACAGCCCACCAUCAAUGCAAGUAGCAAACAUCUCAUUAAGGUUUUAACAGAGGGUUAUGAAACCUUAGAAAACAAACUCCGGAAUAUAGUAGAUGUUCGUGAUGUAGCUGAGGCAUUGCUUCUUGCAUAUGAGAAGCCUGAGGCUGAAGGCAGAUACAUAUGUACAGCUCACAGAUUCAGAAUGCAUAAUCUGGUUGAUAAAUUGAGGACUUUGUAUCCUAACUACAAUUACCCUGAAAGCUUUACUGAAGGUGAAGACGGUGCAAUUCUGAGUAUAGAGAAGUUGCAGACGCUUGGUUGGCGAUAUUGGCCCCUGGAAGAAACACUAGUUGAUUCUAUUGAGAGUUAUAAGAAUGCUGGAAUCUUGUGUUAGAGGAAUCAUCAGUACUAGAAUGAAUACUAGCGGUUUUCACCCUUGGAGUUGGACUAAUAAGGAGGAUGGUGAACAGAAACUAAAUUGCUGCUUGUAAUUGUAUCUUGAACGUCCUCUGUGAUUUGAACAAUUCUAGCCUAGCCUACUGUACUAAAUCAUGGCAAUUCAUGGAACAAUUAAAUCCAAGACAUAGAUAAGAAAAACCCUUUAUUUUU